UUUUAUUUAAUCUCUAUUUAACUAGGCAAGUCAGUUAAGAACAAAUUGUUAUUUACAGUGACGGCCAACCUCCAAAUGCUGUUGGGAACUUGGGCAGGAGAAGAUAACAGGAACUGCAUGACCUCAGACGUUCCGUUCAUCACAUGUAGUCGGGCGGUUGUGGAUGGCUUAUUAGCAAUUGCGAUUGAACAAACAGCUGACGCACGCAUCACUAACGCACGCACGCACGCACGCACACACACGCACAGAAUCGUACAUUUUUACUGGAGUUUUACAGUAGACGUAGUUGCAUUCCUUUUAUCACAGAGACUCACACACACACACACACACACCUCUUUUAAUGUUCUGUCUCUUCUGCUGCAGGUCUGAAGGUCUCCUCCUUUUCCCUCCCCUCUCCUCUCCUCCCCUACACACCCUACAUCCACAAUGGAGCCUCUGGACACCUCUGGACACCAGGACAGGCUGGACACCGCUCUCUGGUGACCCCAACACCUCAACUCCCAACCUGGGGUAUCACUUCUCCUACCCUGAUUCUGGUCCUGCAACCCCGUCCUUCCCCUCCCCAUCCUUCUUCCCCAGUUCCUCCUCCAAUAGGUCCAGUGUCCCGUUCCAGGGCAGCAGUACCCUGAUGACUGCGGUCAUCUCCCUGAGCGUGUUCGUGGUCGGCCUGAUCGGUAACACCCUGGCCAUCUACGUGGUGCUGCGCUACGCCAAGAUGAAGACCGUCACCAACAUCUACAUCCUGAACCUGGCGGUCGCAGACCAACUGUACAUCCUGGGACUUCCCUUCCUCACCACCCAGAACGUUCUCUCCUACUGGCUGUUCGGCUCCUUCCUGUGUCGCGUGCUGAUGACCGCUGACUCCAUGAGCCAGUUCACCUCCAUCUUCUGUCUGACCGUGAUGUCUAUCGACCGCUACCUGGCCGUGGUCCACCCCAUACGGUCUACAAAAUGGCGGCGACCGCGAGUGGCGAAGGUGGUGAGCGCCGUGGUGUGGGCGUUGUCGUUGGUGGUCGUCCUGCCCGUGGUCGUGUUCUCCGGCGUUCAGGACACGUUCAACUCGUGUAACAUUAGCUGGCCGGAGCCGCAGGACGUGUGGUCGACCGUGUUUAUACUGUACACGGCUACGCUGGGGUUCUUCGGGCCCCUCCUGGUCAUCUGUCUCUGCUACCUGCUCAUCGUGGUCAAGUCAUCCUGUCCUAUGUUAACUCCUGUGCCAACCCUCUGCUCUAUGGCUUCCUUUCAGACAACUUCCGACAGAGCUUCAGAAAGAUUGCAACGUCGUCAUGUGACCCGCUCAAAACACUGCCGGAAGACACGUGUCGGCGGCAUCCAAUCCAAUCCUGCGUUUAUACGUUUUUGAAAAAUGCAGAAGGAACCUCUUUUAUUGAAGUCGCAUGCUGCCAGUCGCAGCGUUUUUUGACGAUUUGGAUCAUCAUAAUCCUGGUAAGAUAAUGAUGUCUUGGUUAGUUUUGGUUUCUGUAGUGGACGAUAGUAAUAAUAUUACAAUUUGGUUGGAAAAGGGGAACGGCGAUACAUAGUCAGUUUCACAAGUGCAUUCAAAUCGCUCCUUAUUCAACGUCCACGGCGCCUGGGAAGGGCAGACUGGCAGAUUUGUUGUUGGCACUUGUAAUGAGCUGUAUGCACUUUAAGAUUGAGACUAAGUUAGUACUUCUGUUUUCAUUAUUCUGAUCUCUGCAUGUUUUGCAUGUUCAACAGGCAACAUUAGGACAGAGGGACAAAUUACCCAGAUUGCCCAGGACUAAAUAGACAACAACAACGUGAGAUACUGAAGARAAGCCUACUARCUUUUUUAACCUUKAAGUUCACAACGUUAUUUGAAAUGUUCCGGSGUUUUGGAAGAACAGGACGAGGACUGUCACUGUUGCUGAAGGUAAAACCUAAGGGGGCUGGAGUAAAGCCCUUACUGCUUAGCGGCAGCAUCCAUCUAGGUAUGGUGCAGGCCAUUGAAAUCCUAUACCCUGGAGGUAUGGAUUCUGAGGCUAGGAAACAUCACAAGGYGGAAGUCUUGAGGAAACAUCCUGAGACUCUGAUAGUGGAUUACAGAAAAGCCCUGUGGAACAGAAUCAAAACCAACUAUGUUUUCUACACGGCGCACCCCGCAGCCUGGUGUAGUGCACUGCACCAAGCCUACCCCAACACUAAAGAGAGAGACAUCAACAAUGCCAUACAGGUCAAAGCAUAUGUGUAUGACAGUCACUUUAAGGAUGUUAUUACAGUGAAUCUUUAUCACACCGGUACCGUUGUGGUCCAAGGCUCUCAGACCCAGCUCAACAACUUUCAACAGGACUUUCAGGAACUGAAGGAAAAAGCUGAGCUGAAUAAAAGUAUUGUCACAUACCAAGGAGCUUGUUAGAAUUGCAAAUUAAUUGUGUUACAGUUGUGGCAAUUUGUACUUAAUUGUAUGCACUCAUACAUGCAAUAAAAUAUGUAUUUAAA